CACCAGGUGAAGACCUCCACAGAGGCUGAGCACUGCACUCGCUCUUUCCCACCGUCUUCUGUCUCCUUCGCCCAGUGCAUCCAGUUGAUAUAUACCUGCCUGGUGUCACGUUUACGCCUACAGCACCCAGAGCCACGACUUCCUCUCAAGUGUGUGUGGCUUCCAACAAUCGCCCAAACUGAUGAGGAUCGGCUGAUAGACUUAAAAAUAAGUUAUUUUUUUCUUAUUUUGCCAAGCGGAAAGAAUGUCGGAAAGGGCCGAGGAUGACGUCAGGGGGGAGCAGCGCCGAGCGGCCAGGCAGCAGCUGAAGCAGCAGCAGAUCCAGCGGGGAGAAGGCUCCACAGCAAUGGCGACUGUUGCGGAGCGGAGAUCCUUGCCUAGUCCAGAAAUAAUGCUGGGGCAGCCUUGGAGCAACUGGGUCGACGCCGCCAAACUCCACGGCAACGACGGUGCUGAAUCGGAGGAAAGUUUCAAAGACUUCGGGAAAAAUCGAGAAGCCAUGCGUUUGUGCAGAGAAGACAUGCCCAUAUUUGGCCAGUGUCCCGCACAGGACGACUUCUACCUGGUGAUGUGCAGCCACUGCGGCCAGGUAGUCAAGCCCCAAGCCUUCCAAGCACACUACGAGAGAAGACACAGUUCGCCCAUCAAGGCACCCUCCACCUCGCCCUUCCCUGUGUCGGGCAGGAACCGGAGCAGCGGACUUGGGCCCGGGCUGGGCUCGGGGUCUGCAGCUGGAGUGGCGAGUGGAGGCAUCCUUAGUCGAACUUCCACCGCUGGAUCCAGCUUAUCCUCCUCCUCCAAUCCCAAACUCCUCAAACCAGCCAAAGAGAAGCUGCCAGGGAUUCAGCGAAGAACCCCCUUUGCACCCUUCAGGACGUCCCAGCUGGACAAGAUCCUCACCCCGGCUGUCAAGGUGGAGAAGAUGCAUCUGAGGGUGGACUCGUCAGCUAAGCUUGUGCAGGCCCCGUCUGCGCCAGCCACCACCUCAUCCUCCUCUACAUCCUCCUCUAGCACCACUGUGAGCUCCAACACUACCACCAUCACCACCUCUUCCUCAUCAUCAUCAUCAGCCCUAAAACCAGGCCUUAACUGUCCCUCCAUACCAAAGCCUCCAUUACUGGCCCCGGGUCAGAUUCCCAACGGCAAGGGACACCUGUCAGUCCUCUCAGACAAGAAGCAGGACAGCAGCAGCAGUGCCAGUAGCAGACGCCACAUUAACAAGAAAGUGACAGAACGCGAGUACAAUGCAGAUAUCCACUGUGGCGUUGUGGAUAUGACAGCUCGGAAACCAUGCACAAGAUCCCUAACAUGCAAGACACAUUCCUUAAGCCAGCGGAGAGCGGUGUCAGGGCGGAGGAAGCGCUUUGACACUUUACUGGCUGAGCACAAGAACAGAGCAAGGGAGCGGGAGAAGGAGAAGGAGAGAGACCUCCACCAACUCCAUUCCCAGCAAAACCCCUCCCUCAGGGACCCACACCUCUCCUCCCACCUCGCCACUGCCCAUGACACCCACCAGGUCGCUCAUGGCAACGGCCCCGCCCCAGACGCCACUAAGCCUUUGCCACUCGGCAAGCCCAAAUUUCAAAGCCCUGGUCUUCCACGACUAAACAGCAGUCACGGAGGUGGAACCCCCGGAGACCCUGCAGUAGUCCAAGAGUCGCCACACCAUGCCCAAACUACCCCCGAUGGGUUUUCCCGACCCUCCAGUGACGAGGGAGAGAAUGAAGAGCGGGAGGACAGCGCUGACAAACUGGACUGUCACUAUUCAGGUUAUCACCCUCGACCGUCAGCUUACUGUACGUUUGGAAGUCGACUGUUAGGGAGGGGCUGUUACUCCUUUGACCGGAGAUGGGACAGAGUGCGAUGUGCCCUAACCACGAUGAUGGACAAGCACGUCAACUCUCAGAUGUGGAAGAAAAUCCCCUUGGCCUUGGAGAACUCCUCCUCCGUUGCACCUACCCAUAGGACAAGCACAAAUUCCCACGGUAACACUCCCUCUUCAGGCUUCCUGGGCCCCCCUGCCACCCUGCCCCAGACUCCUUAUAGCCAAUCCUACGAGGGCAAGUCUGUGCUCUCCUAUGGGACCACCUUAAAUGCCCGCAGCUCCCCACAGGGCGGGGCUGAGCACCCGGCCUACGGCAUUACGCAGGCCCGACAAGUGUCUUCGUCGCCGCAGAUGCCUUCAGCCCACUCGUCCUCAUCCUCUUCUUCUUCAACUCCUUCCCUAGCCUCAGGCCGGGCGCUUAAGUCCCGUUCCUCCAGCAGCAGCACUACCAAGUCGUCGUCAUCCUUCAGGCCCAAGGACAUCUCCUCUGUCUCAUCCACACCAGUCAUCCCCAACUCCAUCGGUGGAGCCAACAAUAACAGUAGCAACACUAGCUUCAGCUCGGGGAAGAAGAGGAAGAACAGCGCUAUUCUCUCUUCAUCCCACGGUCCCUCUGAAUCCUCCUCUUCGAACGCCAACUACUGCUCCUCCUCUUUCAAGAAGAACUGUGCAAAUGUCGGCAGCUCAGGAAGCACCUACCACCACGGCUCAUUAGGUCCUUCAUCCUCAUCGCCAUUAUCUUCCUCCCACAGCGGAGUCCACAGCGUGGGGCUUAACUGUGGCCCCACUGUGCGGACCAACUCACUCAGCCUCAAGGCCGAGCCUACUGGAGGUUCCUCUGGGCCGCCCGCACGAGGUCCUCCCUCGGGCAGCCCUGCAGAGUCUAUCAAGCGCAUGAGCGUGGUGAUGAACAGUAGUGACUCCACCCUUUCCCUGGGGCCCUUUGUCCACCACCAGUCUUUAUCCUCAUCUGACCACCACACCAACUUCAGCCACCACUCCUCAGAUGGGCGCCUGGAGGGCAAGAAGCGCAAAAGCUCGCCUGCCUCCAGCGGCAUUAAUAGUGGAGGUGGGGGAGGAGGGCUCGGGGGAGGAGGGGCACCUGCACCAGGGAGAGCCAAAGUGGCCAAGUCACCUGCCAUUAACAACAUCCAUGGAAAGCAUGGGCGGACCAUUCCAGGGACGGCGGGGCUACCCAACAACUCCCAUUUACAUCAGCCAAAGGCUCGUCCCUGACAGCGGUGUCCGGCUUCUGUGUAUGGAACCGGCAGGCGGACGGGGAAUAGCACGGAGCAGUCCGCAGACUGCUCCGGGCGGCACGAGGCCUUCUAAAAUCAAACCCACAUUACUCUCAGCUUCCCACAAUCCUCAGGGUGGAGAUGAUCUGGACUGCCCAGUGAAGUCAAUGUGGUCCUUACUAUUUCUCCCAAAGCCAUGUGUGUGUGACUCUGUGUGAGAAUGUGUGUGUGUGUGUGUGUGUGCGUGUGCGUGUUGGGCGGGUAAGAGGUGCGAUGGCCCUUUAUGUAUAGCGUGGAGUGCCAGGGGUCUAAAGAGCGAGCCAAGGACCCCCCCCCACGCAAGUGUUGUCCCAGUAUUCUGAGAGGUCUUCCUGUCUUGAAGUAGGAGGAACAAUAGCAGCAGCAGCCAUGAGCCUCGGAGCUCAUUGGGUUGAAGUUGAGGGCUGCCGCAACAAGUCGCCAUGACGCUGAGCAACUUCCGUGUUCGUUAAAGUAUGAAUGUGCGUGCGCGUACGAGUAUUUUUCUCAUGUCAGAUUCUGCUGGACUACUGGAAUUUCCAACUUAAUUACACCCCCAGCGCCUGAUCUCAGAAGCCUUGGAAGGAGAGCAGGAGGAGCAGCAAACAGUUACUCGCAACACCUUAAACGACACACAAUCACCUUGUUGUUCCACUUUACGUUAGUCUGACUCUCUGGCGACUUGGGUUACACGCAGUAGCCCGAGAGGAGCCCGAGAGGAGCCCGUAGGGACGAUCUGGUCAAUUCUUUUAUUACCCAGAAUAAUUAUGCAAGUGUUACCUUUUUAUUAUUUCUUAUGAGCUUUUUACACUGAACUACAAAGAGUCUUUGUAGACGUGGUGAAGACAGUUGUGCUUUCAAAAUGUGAAAAGGACGCCUGAUGUGCCCAUUCGAUUGAAUCCUUUGUCAGAGAGAUAACUUGGACAUCAUUUUCUGAAUCUUUUCAUUGUGCAAAACGAUCGCCACAGUAGACCUACCCCCAACUGUGAAAAGCACUAAAUAACUACUUUCUCCACAGGCACUGCUUAGUUGUACACAAAGCUAGCCAAAAGCUGCUAUCAGCUUUGCCAACUACUUUUUUUUUUUUUUUUUUUU